GAACAUUUCAAGGCCAGUGGGUCGGCGGGAUGCGGCAUGGCUACGGAGUCCGGCAGAGUGUCCCAUACGGCAUGGCGGCAGUUAUCCGCUCCCCGCUCCGUACCUCCAUAAACUCUCUGCGCUCCGGUUCGGAGCACAGCAAUGGCACAGCUCUGCUGGACCGGACCGGCGCAGUGGUUCCUGGUACUCAUCCUGGUCCUGGCACUCUGACCACCAGCAUCUCCAUGUGCAGCACAGGCAGCAGCGGCAGCAGCCCCGCUGUGUCUCGGGGGGGUUUUGUGCUGACGGCGCACAGCGAGGCAGAGCUGCUUAAGGGAAAGAGAAAAAGCGGACUGUUCCGGAGGUCCAUCCUCUCCGGGCUCAAGCUGAGGAAGUCUGAGUCAAGAAGUUCUUUGGCCUCCCAGAGGUCUAAACAGAGCUCUUUCAGGAGCGAGGCUGGGAUGAGUACCGUGUCCUCAGCUGCAUCUGAUAUCAACUCUACUAUCAGUCUCGGAGAUGCAGAUGCAGAAUUGGCCGUCGUAGACGACGAUGUGGACGCCACGGCAACAGAGACCUACUGCGGGGAGUGGAAGAACGACAAGCGAACAGGAUUCGGCAUUAGCCGGCGGUCCGACGGGCUGCAAUACGAGGGGGAGUGGCUUAGCAACAAGCGCCAUGGCUACGGCUGCACCACGUUUCCUGAUGGCACGAAAGAGGAAGGGAAGUACAAACAGAACAUUCUGGUGAGCGGCAAAAGGAAGAACCUGAUCCCGCUCCGGGCCAGUAAGAUCCGAGAGAAGGUGGACCGAGCCGUGGAGGGAGCGCAGAAAGCCACCGACAUCGCCCGGCAGAAGGCUGAGAUCGCCAUGUCCAGGACGGCUCAUGCGCAGGGUAAAGCAGAUGCAGCGGUCGGAGCAUCCCAGAAAGCCCAGGAGGAGAGUCGCAUGGCUAGGGUCACCGCCAAGCAGUUCUCCCCUUCCUUCCAGCACCCAGGAAACGGCAUGGAGGUGCAGCGUCCCAAACGUCAGGUGUCCAGCGAGGUGGAGGGCGAGGGGUUGUCGAGUAGCGCCGGCACCACCGACAGUCCCGAUCUCUACGUAAAGAGCGCAGCUUCCGACGACCCCUCUAACGAUGCCGCUACCCCUGACCUCAGCCCCCCUUCUUCUUCGCCGCCACACACUCCGCCUCCACCUGCAAGGCCUUCCCAUCGGAGCAAAAGUGCCCGUUUCCACCGACAGAGCGCCGUGGAUGAUGGGGACAAGGCGAAGGAUGGAGGAGAAAGGGCUGAGAAGGGUGGAGGAGGAGGAGAGCAAACGGAGAUUCAGGUGUUGAUGGAGGGUGGAAGUGGGGGAGGUGAAGACGGAGGAGGGGGAGAGAAGGGGGAGUACCUAAGGGCCAAUACCUGGGGUGAGGACAAGAGGAGAGGGAUUUUGUCCAAAGGAGGAGGAGGGGUCAGUGGGGGAGGAGCGAGCCGGACCAACGGACACAAACACAGCUCCUCCAAUCACAAGCCCCGGGAGCAUGGAUCAUCCAAUCACAGACAGGCCAAGGGGGACAAGUGGACGGAGUCGUCCUCCUCUGCCUCUUGGACGUCGGGGCACAGGGGCGUGCGCGGUAGGGGGGGGCGGCUGCUGGAGCAGGAUGAGGAGAAAAUGAGCAAUUAUGAGAUGGAGAUGAAGCCUUUACAGCCCAGAGACUCCACUACCCACAAGCCCCAUGGGCACGGGGAGGAGAGGCAGGGGCAUGCUCACGGAGAGGGGCGCUCCCACACCGUGCAGAGACAGAGGCAUAAGAACCGUGAAGGGAGGGAGGGGAGGGAAGGAAAAGAGGGCAAGGAAGGGGGCAAAGACUCACAGCACAAGCUGGACAGACCAGGGGAAAAGAUGGAUUCACGGCCUCUACGUCGGGACCUCACCCUCUCCCCCCCUCUGAAGUCCUCACCCAUCACACGAGAGCAGCAGGACCUCAGCCUCAUGCAGAGCAAAGGCAACUCGGCUUACAGUUCCAUCCUGGUUGUCAUGGUGAUUCUGCUCAACAUUGGAGUGGCUAUUUUGUUUAUCCACUUUUUUAUUUAAAGACAGCACUGCUUUCAGAGUCAGCCUAUCUAUGCUACGAACAACUAUAAGUUCCUAUGAGUAUUACGACCAAUCUGCUGCCCCUUGGUGUUUCCAGUGAGAGGACUGCAAGCCGAGGGAAGACGAGGGCCGAGGAAGGCUCCAACGAUAUUUGGACUAAGUUAGUUAACAAGGGGCUAACCUUGGCUAAUUUGGUCCAAUCGUCUUAAAAAGAUGCUCAAGUGCAAAGCCCAAAGAAGCGAAGGAACGAGGGGUAAACCAGGCCAGGUAACGGGACUACAGGGAGAUACAAGUAGUCCAUAAACUGGACUUAAGUGGGCUUCAAUGGCUCAUAUUCAGACUCAAACGGGCUGAAGAGUUCCGAUCCGAGGCCAUGAGAGCUGCAGCUGGCAUUACAGCAAGAUGUCUGCUUCCACUGUCUGCAGACAGGACUGACCAGACAGACUUUUUCAUCUUCAAAUCAUAGUUUUCAACAGAUUUGUAACUUUAUUUAUUAACAGUUUCUCUCAUGUACAAUAUGUUGAUGGAUAUAUUCUUUAUUUUGUAACCCUCCACCCCCUCUUUAUAUAACUCCUGCCUUUUGGUUUCUCUGCCUGCCUGGGAGUUGUUACAGACGGUUCAAUCCAGGUGUGUGUGGGUGUAUGUAAGACUCUUGAGUGUUUGCUGCCUGGAUACAUGUUCAAUGACUUUCCAUUUCCAUACACACACAUCCAUUGCUUCUACACUUUCCCUGUCAUUCAUCAGUUCUAAUGUCCGUCUUCUGUCCUUUUUUACAGUACGGAAGCCCAGAGGGGCAUAUGAUAAAAAAUGAAAUUCUGCGGAUCCCUUUAGGAAGUGAUCUUAAUGGUUUGUUCUGUUAAACAAUAGGAUAAAAACGUUUUUGCAGGAUAUUUUUUUCUAAACAACUAUUUCUUUUUUCAAGAACAUUUUUCUAGGGUUUGUUGUUAUACUCAUUUUGGUCACAUUUUGUGUGAAAGUGAGUGUUUUUGCAACUCUAUCAAGAAGGCAUGUCCUUUUCCAACAAUGUGAGUGGAUGUGUACAUGUGUGUGUCGUGUGUUUGUGGUCUCCAAGUAGCUCAGUGGCCUUUCACGCUGUUCAUGAACUUUACAAGAGCAUCUCAUGAAGACACGGCAGCAGCUCGUCCACAUCUAGCCUACUAGCAUCAGCUGACAGCUGUGCCCCCCCCCCCCGCCUCUCCCUCCCUCACCUCCACACACCAGUCAGAGGAUGGAGCUUCCUCUAAGUUGGUGUGAGUUCAAGACAGAGCGUCCUUGGCAAAGCCCUGCACCUCCUGCACAGCUAGCAGGGGUAUUCAGAGAAAAUACAGCCUGUAUAUGUAAUACCAGAAAAUAGUUUCAAAGACAGAAAAUAUCUGUCUCCCACUGCUUCUCUCAAAGCAUAACCUGAAUAAAACACCUUUAUACUAUACUUGCAAGAUGUCUGAAAAAAACAGUCGCCACCUGCCUUGCUUUUGUAGCGCAAUUUGAUUAAAGUAAGACAAUGCAUGCAUAUGUACUGUAAUAUCCUAGUUAUGCGUUGGAUCUGAAAGCAACACAAGCUUCAGAAGCACAUGCAACAUGUUAGGUUUUGACAGGAGCAGUGUCUGGAAAGAAGCGAGGACUAAAAAGUACAGUCAAUUACUUUAUGGACUUUUAUAUGUCUUUUUCUGGGUUAAAUUAAACCUAUAAUAUGUGGGGAUAAGUGAUGCUGCCAGCUCCCUAAGGGAACUAGCUGGUAUUUUGUAGAAUCAAAUAGUGGCCAGGAUCAAAAAUCGAGAUUUAUCGCCACUUUUACUCAGCCUUUCUUCCAAAGAUCCAAGACUUAAUAGACAAGCAUAAACAUCAGUCACAAUAGAGUGGUGCAGUUUUGAAGUAUUGUUGUAUGACGACCUGGAAGUUAGCAUCGCAACUGCUCCCUCCGCAGAAAGCAAUGGGAUCUUUCCAUUGGAUUAAAAAAUAUCUGAAAAAAUAAGCUCAGUGUCAAACACAUGGCAAGACAACCUACACAUAUUAACACCAAUUUUAUUUUUGAAGUGUAAAUGCAAUCGAUAGAAGCAAAAAGCUAACAUUAGGAUAUAAAUGAAGUAGCUACAUCAUGCAUCACAAGCGCUAAACUAAAGGCGGCUAAUGUUUGGAGUAAUGAAGUCUAAUAAUCUUAUUAAACCCCUUGUUAGCAACCACUAUUUAUGAGACAGAAGUUUGGGACAUUCACCAGUGGGGUAUUUACUGACGUAUACGACAAAAGGUGAAUUUCUCUUAAGCUUGUUUUAACCACAGACCUUAUUUCAGGCAUCUGAUAUGUUCAAAAAAACGUUGACUAUGAGAUGAGGGAAGCUGAAGUGGUAAAAUGCUAGCUCAUUUCCAGCUUUUCUGAAUGAUUUUUUCACCACUCUAUUUGUGUGUUUUUAUAGGCCAGUAAAGGUUUUUCUGUGUAUGUGUGUGAAUGUGUGUGUCUUAAAGCCAUCUAGCAGACCUUACCAGCCUGUUUGUUUGCAUGUGUGCAGAUGAAUGCUCAUUGAACUGUGUGAACAUGUGUGAUCAUCCUCUUCUUUACACAUGAUGGGAUGGCUGAACCCGUUGCCAUCGGUAACAACUUCCAGGGAGCAGGGAGGUUCGCAGUUGUUUUUCUGUCGGACAGCGUUUCUUAAACUGGAACUCAAACUCAGCUUAAGGCUAAUUUCUGGUUUCCCCCCACAUUAUUACAACAAUACAGUCUAAUGUGCCUGCACCCCGGGAAGCAGAAUAAUGUAUUUUCAUUUCAUUUUGGGUCCAGACUGAAGCAGGUUCAAGAAGCUCUGCUGUAUGCCAUCAGCCAGGUGACAAUGCCCUGCGUCACCCUGUUAGUCCGCAGCAUGCUACAGCAUGCCAAGCUCUCUAUAGUUUGACUCUUCUUUCUUUCUUUCUCUCUGUUCCUGAGAAUUACUCUGUUUUGUUUUUGAGUUAUGUGGAGAAAAUAA